AUGACUGCAGACGACGAGAAACCGCUUAUGAUAUAUCGCGGCAACUGCCACUGCGCCGCCUAUGUGUUCGAAGCCAAGCUGCCAGAAGUGAGCAAGGGAAUCCCGUGCAACUGCAGCUCUUGUUACAAGAGGGGAGCCAUCUGCAGCCCUACUACCGCGCAGGUCACGUUCGUGAAAGGGGAUCCAGCGACGUUGUCAACGUAUACCUUUGGUAGCAAGAGGUUCAAGCAUCAGUUCUGCUCAAGCUGUGGGAGCUAUCUGAUCUGCUCCGUCACGACCACCUCACCACAAGGCGAGGUCACCUAUGUAAACCUUCGAGUUAUCCAGGACCUGAGCGUGUGGGAUUUGGACAUUGUGCCAUACGAUGGUGCGUCACGACUUCCGGCGUACGAGCCGCCGGUAUUCAAGGGCGAGGAACCUGGAGCUGAGAUCGAAAGGGCAAAGGUGUACACGGGUAGCUGCCAUUGCGGUGCAGUCACACUGGCUCUGAAAUCCCAGCCCCUUGACGAGACGUAUGAAGAGAAGGUCAUUGAAUGCAAUUGCAGUAUAUGCAGUCGGAACGCAUACUGCUGGGUCUAUCCGAAGAAGAACCAAGUCACCAUCGACGGCGCCGAGAACCUGUCCUACUAUGCCUUUGGACGGGGCAUAGGGCAGAAGUCCUUCUGCAAGACUUGCUUUGUGCCCAUCCAUAACCGUUUCGAGUUCACGGACGAGCAGCUCGCGGCCAUGUCGCAGGAGGACCGCGAAUGGGCUUCGAGGGGGAUGGCGAUGUGCCCUGUGAACCUCCGACUCCUGGAAGGGGUGGAUCUGUCCUCGUUGAAAGUCCAGAAGGUCACAGAGUCUGUCUUGCGGGAACCUCGAUAUGUGAACCCAUAA